AUGGAGAUGAACUCCGACGACUCCAUGUCGUUGUCCUCCGAGUCCGGUUGGUUUUCGUCGGACGAUUCAGACAUUGAGGAGUUGCUUCAAGACGAUGACGUGGAGAUGAUGAGCCUCCUCGUCGACGUCCAAGAGAUCGAAGACCGCGCAAAGCUGUUGGAUCAUAGGAGAGGAUCAGUGAUGGGGCGAGAGUACAUUUACCGCAACCGUGGUCUCGGGCACGAGCAACUGAUGAGAGACUACUUCGCGAAGGAGCAUCCUACAUACCCACCUCGCCUCUUCCGGAGAAGGUACCGAAUGCGCCGUAGUUUGUUUGUGAAGAUUGUUAAUGAUUGUGAGGCCGCCUCGGAUUACUUCAAGCGUCAUAGGUCCGCCUCCGGUCAAUGGGGGUUUAGUGCUUAUCAAAAGAUAUCGGCGGCAAUGCGUGUGCUCGCCUAUGGCGUACCCGCGGACUAUACCGACGAGUAUCUUCGCAUUGGUGUACAAACAACCACGGAUUCCGUCCGUAGGUUUGCAAAGUUGGUCAUCCGGUUGUAUGGUGAUUUCUAUCUUCGGGCACCCAACGAGGAAGAUACAAAGAGGUUGAUGGAGAUGAAUGAAAAAAGGGGAUGGCCGGGGAUGCUUGGAAAAUUGAGAUCAAAAUGGGAAGGACCAUAUGAUAUGGAGGAAGCCAACCCUUCUAGUGCUGUAAAACUAAAAGGGUUGUCUCCCUCCAGCUCAUGGGUUGUCAAUGGCCAGCGCCUCAAGCACUACAUAGCAAAUAAGAGUGGGCAUCGAUAUAAGGAGUACAGGCCACGAAGAAGUAGCGGCUCUCCAACAAAACUACUUGUUGGGAAGGAUGUACUUAAAGAAUUGGAGCAAAGGCGGUCAUCCCCCAGUGUGAUCGCAAAGCUCAUGGGAAUUGACGUAUUGCCACCUACUUAUGUAGCCCAUAAUCGGCAUCAAGAAUUCAAGGAUGUUUUUGAGGUCUCAGAGGAGCUACCACCGGAGACUGUCACAAAAGAGAGGUCACAUCAUUUCCCUAAAGGGCUGCCAAGCUUGAAGCGGAGCGCGAUGAAAUUGAAAAAACUCAUGCCAUCAAAGUCUCCCUAUGGUGAUGAAAUAUUUGACAAUGAUGCGGACUACAGAAAUGGCUUGGAUCGCCUGAACUCACUUGAAAUAGACAAUCCCUUGUUUGAGAAGCGCCCCCAUGAUGCGAAUUACUACCCAAGCCGUCGGCAUGAGAAAGAUACUGCAUCCAGUUUCAGGAAGUAUCCUGAAAAGAAGCAGGCUGAGUCUGUUGUGAUGAGCAAAGGCAGAGUUUCACAACAUCUUUUGGACACUGAAGAUCUUAAUGCUGCUAGAAUGAAAGGAGAAAGAUACUUGACUAGUGAUGCCAACAAUUCACUGUCAACGAGACAGGAGGCAUCGCUUGAUCAAUUCAACAUGGUAGAUAUGAAUAACAGUGGAACAUCUCAGGGGUAUGCUAGCAGUGACAUUAAUUCCAGGCAAAACAAGAAGUCAUCACCAAAUAGCUUGCACUGGAAAAUCUUCCGGAAGUAUGAGGAAGGUGAUGUUGGUUCAAAAACUCUUGCACAGAUGUUUGCUUUAUCUGAUUCAGAGAGAGUAAAGAGAAAUUCAGACUCGCGUGCUCAGAUCCAACACAAUAGACUUGACCGGGGCAAAGGUCACAGCAAGGAAGGAUGCUUUAUAGUUUUACCAAAGCAUGCACCUCCAUCGUCUCUUCACAGCUCAUUGGACAGGAGAUCGCCCUCCGAAGGCUCUCCUGACAGUGAAAAUUUCCCAAAUCCUUCAGUUAGUUAUGACAAUGGCAAGUUCCAUUUUGAUUCUUUUCUGCCUAAACCAAGGCUCAAGCAGAUUGCCGGUGAGAGGCAAGCCUUGGAGCAGCGCAGACCUGCUUCUCCUUCUCUUGAUGAUUCCAGAUCCCAUUCGUGGCGCCUAGCUGAUAACGCUUCAACUUCUGACUGCAUAAAUGAGAAAGUAUUGUUCACGACAGACGAGGGCUUAAUCCAAGAGUCUGCUAAAACAUCUCCUUCUGUGUUUCAGUUGCAAUUCUCUCGGGAACAGAAGGCUUCAUCAUCGCCUUUGCAGUGUGGUGACUAUGAAUCCAUAUCUAUUUCUAAUCAUGCUGUUCUGCCGAAGUCUCGUAAAAGCAUGGAAGAGUUUGAGCAACCUAGCCCAGUUUCCAUUCUUGAGCCCCCAACUGAUGAAGAUGGUUGUUCCUCUGGAUUUUUCAAGAAUGAUUUGCAAGACAUGCCCAAUGUCGAGAAACAAAUAGACCAUUGUCGACUCCGAGAUGAACCUGAGGUCUCCAUGUCAAGUGAUGAUGACAAUGAUUCUUCUUACCAAUCUUUGGAAGCAUUUCAGGUUGAGGAGGACAGGGAUUUCUCAUAUCUGCUUGACAUACUUAUAUGCUCUGGUAUGAUAGUAACUGACUGGCAGCUCUUGUGCAACUCAUGGCACUCGCCUGGUUUCCCUGUUGGCCCUCAAGUCUUUGAGAGGCUUGAGAGGAAGUACAACAAGAUUACUUCAUGGUCAAAGUCAGAAAGAAAACUUUUGUUUGAUCUUGCGAAUUCUGUUCUUUCCGAUGUCCUUGCACCUUGCACCAAUAUACACCCAUGGGUGGAUUCUAUUAGACGUUGCCAGCCUAUCUGGGGCCCUGAAGGGCCUGUUGAGAAGGUUUGGCAGAUGAUGGCUAGGCAGCAAGAGGAUCUGGCCAUAGGGCAUCCUGAUGACAAGGUUUUGGACUCAAACUGGCUGGAAGUUGGUGAUGACACAUAUAUGGUCGGAAAGCAGAUAUCCAUGAUCUUAUAUGGUGACCUCUUGGAAGAAGUCAUAUUGGAAUUCCUCUCACGGACGGUCGUUGCAGUUAGAUGACAUUGAUAAAAUUCAAAGAAUCAAUUCUAUCGUAACAGAGUACAAUGAGUACCUAAAAAAACAGAGUACAGUGAGGAGCCAAGUUUCUCCUGCACAAUCUUAAGCGUAUAUUCUGUAACUGCUGCGUAUAGAAUAUGUUGUUACAAACUGAAGAGCAAAUAGUGCAUGAUAUACUGGCCAAAUGUCCUGUCCAUUCAGUGGCGUGUGUAGUAACUAAAGAUGUAUGUCCAAUACUUUGACGUAUGUAGAGAUGUUAGCUUCCAUCAUUCCAUGAUAUCUUUGCUUGUUACUUUAUCUAGAUUUCAAAUUGUACGGAUUUUGUUUAGGAUACAGUAGUUUCUAGUAAAGUAUUUUCGAUGUUCCAAAUUAAGUGCUUUGUAUAAUGUGAAAAGUGAUGCAACUUUGUCUUGA